AUGCCGAUCUCGCUGAGAGUGGUCGAGCCCGUCAACGUGAGCCUAGACCGACUUGGAGUGGAACGGACGAGAGAUGAAUUGCAAUGUGUGGCCAAUGGGACACUAGCGAAUCUGGUUCGCCAACUCAGCAGCCUGAGUCAACAUGGCGAACAGAUCUUCACCGAUAUGCAUGAUGAGGUGGCCAAAGUCAACCAGAAGUUGGAUGAGAUCGCGAUAAGAACCGCACGAUUGAACGACAAGGUCCAUCAGAAUAAUGGAGCGGUCCCGCAGUCGGGUAGGUCUAGUGUAAUAUAAAGUCUGUAGAAUAAGGUGAUUUUUGGUGGAUAAAGUCUUGUGAUUUGGUUAAGGAUUAGUUUAUCGGGCUUAGUGAAACAUUUGAGAUCAUUUUGACUUUGAAUGGGGAGAGAUUUUAGGAGAAAUAUGGAAAUUUUUUAUGGAAAUUAGAAGAAAUGUGAGAAAAAAUGGGAAAUUGAUCAAAAUUGGUGAUUCGUUUGGCGGGUAUUUGGUCUGAAGUGCUUGAUAGAGUUAUUUGGCUAGUAAUUUGGUAUUAGAUUAGAGAAAAAUGUUUAAAAUGACAUCAAAAAUUGAUCAAGUGUAAUAUCGGAAAUUUGAUGGAAAUGGAUAAAAUUAGUAUUUAGGGUUGAGAAUAAGGAAUGUAAACGGCAGUUGAUGUUAUAUUAAGACUCCAGGACCAUUUAUUUUGUCAAAAAAAUCAAAAUUUUGUCAUGGGUAAUGUCUAGAAAAAGCAAAAUUUAGAUGUAAAUUCAAGAUGAAAUAAUGAUUAGAAAUGAAGAAUUAGGUAUUAAAUUAAUUUGCGAAGCCAUUUUUAUUAACUGGAAGUUUUUAUUUUUUAUGAUUUUGCAAUUUCUUAUAUUAAUUUACCUUGUUUUAGGUCGACUGGCCGACAACAACCUCCGAAAACCCUACCGCUCCCAGAACAUCAUCGACCAGCACACCCUCAGCCGACAGACCAUGCCGCGCGCCAUGGUCGAGCUCUACGACCGCUGCGAUCCGCCGCCGGCACUCGAUUUGUUCGACGAAUUCCGCCGCGACGAGAAGCCCGCCCUCAAAUACUACACCGAUCCGGGAUACUUUUUCGAACUCUGGAAGCAGGAGAUCCUCAAGGAAUGCGGAAUCGACCGCAAAAUCCACAAAAAUCGACCACAGGUGCAGCGGCCCAAGAGAGUCGAAGAGAAUAAAAGGGUUGUUCAUAAUGCAAGGACUCUUUUGAACCACUAUUCGGACGCUCAGACAUUGGGUUACAAUCAAGCACACAAUUUGAUCCAGUUCCCAACGGAAUAUCAGGUAAAAUACGGGCAUAUUUUUGUUUUAUUUUUGGUGGUUUGAGUUUUUUAAGGGAAAAUUUGGAAGGUCCAGAAAAUUCGUCAUGAUGACGCAUUUUUUCGAAUGAGAUUUUUUGAAAUUAUGAGUAGAAAUGAGAUUUUUAGAAGAUUUGGAGGGGUAUUCCAGGAAUUUCCAGAAAAUUCGUCAUCAUGACACAUUUUUAUGAAAUAAAUUUUUUGAAAUUAUGGGUAGGAAUGAGAUUUUUAGAACAUUUCGAGGGUUUUUCAGAAAUUUCCAAAAAAUGUGUCAUCAUGACACAAUUUUAAAGUGAGAUUUUUCGACCAAAAAAUUGUUUUAUAGACAAGUUGGAGGUUUGGAUUUUAGGGAAAAAUUUCUUAGAAAGUUUUUUGAUGCAGAUUUGAAUGGAUUUUUAACAUUUUUUUUUUCUUCAGGCCCCUCAAAUCAACCGCCAGCCAAUCCACCAGCCCCCACCUUGCAUGGUCCGUCCCCAACUGAUCCGCCCCACCCAGCCAGCACCUCCCCUCCCCGACCAAUUCGACGACGAUCCCCUGCCCCCACCGCCAAUGCCGUCGGCGCAUCGACCGGUCGAUAAUAUUCAUCAAAAUUUGGAGGAGAUCAACCAACGAAUGGCCCAAAUCCCCUCGGGCAAUGGCGCCGGCAUCAACGCAGAUAUGCCCAACAUCGACGAUGACGAGCUCCCCCCACCCCCUCCAAUGCUGUCCACCAUCGCCGCCACCACCAUGCAAUACCUGCCUCCGCAGGCCGCGCCCACACAAGCACCGCCAGCCCCUCCGCCACCGCCGCCGCCCGCCAUGAUGGAGUCGAUUGUGAUCCAGCAGAGCUCGUUUGCGGUUCAGCUCGUCUCCGAGCCCAGUCAGGAGGUCUUGGCCAACGAAGAGCCCGAUCAAUCGGGCCAAGAGAACAGCCGCUCCAACCUACUCGACGAAAUCAAGGCCGGAUACAAGCUGAGGAAAGUGGAACGUCAGGAAGAGAACGAAAAAGCCAAAGCCGCCGUGGAAGCGAACGACGUGGCCGCGAUCCUGCGCCGCCGAAUGGAACACGUAUUGGGAAACGAGGACUCGGACGAGAACCAAGAAUCCGAUGGAUCCGAAUGGGACGCCUAG